CGCCUCUGUCCGAACCAAAGUAAAAGUAGCGGAGUCGCAUCAUAGCUGAAUCCUCACUAUAUAAGAACGGGGCCACACCACUCCACAUCAUUCCAAUCUCAUACCUCGGCAAGGACGCGUGUACUAGUGAAAAUGGCCAAGUGGAGUCUUGUGGUCCUGUCCGCCGUCCUCGGCUGCGCGCUGGCGGAGCCCCCGAGCGGCUACAGCUACGCGCCCUCGUCCUCCGUGCAGCUGCUGGAGCUCCACGGCCACGGCUCCGGCCUCAGCCACGGUUCCGGCCUCAGCAGCGGCGGCCACUACGAGCAGGUGCCCGUCGGACACCAGACCUCGGAGGGCUACCACGUCGACCCCCACCUACUGGAGAAGAUCAAGCACAUCAUCCUGAAGGACGAGAUCCAGAACCAGGCGUACCAGUCCGCCUACCAGUCGCACAGCAGCCACGGUCACGGCGUGUCAUCCCACUACGGAGCUCCCGCGCCCGUCUACGGCGUGCCUCACGACAGGAUCGUCGGCAUCGAGCUCGGCCACAUCCAGCAGGGUCUCCAGGUGGCUCAGUACCACCAGGCUGAGGCUGGCUACGCCGGCGGCUACGACAGCGGCUACUCCAGCGGCUACUCCAGCGGUGGACACGGCUACUCCAGCGGUGGACACGGAUACUCCAGCGGUGGACACGGAUACUCUAGCGGUGGACACGGCUUCUCCAGCAGCGGCUCUGACUACUCCAGCGGCCACGGCGCCUCCAUCGCGUACUCCGCGCCCGUGCACUCCGCCUCUUACACCACCAUCGGCGCCCCCUCAGGAUCCUACGGAGUCCCCUCCAUCUCAUCGUCCUACGGCGCUCCCCAUCAUUAAAUUAAACGAACGAGUCAUUAGUCAUCUCAUCUAAUUUAAUGUUACGGAGCAUGUGAUCGCGUCCUAGAUGUAAUAUGUAUAUUAAUUGUUGUUAAUGUAUGUUUCUGUAAAUAAAACCCUCCUUUUUUAUA